AUGAGUAUUAAUAGAAUAAAUAAAAUAAUCCUUUGUUCGAGAAUUGAACUAAAAAGUAUAGAUAAAAUAGAUUUUUAUGCGGAGGCGUCUAAUAACAUAGUUAAGAAUUUUUGUGAUUAUUUUUUACCACAAUUAAAAUAUAACAAUUUCAAUAUUUUAUAUACUUUUAAUAAACCAGAAAAAAAUACAAAAGAGAAGAUUGUUUUAUUUACAAGAAACGGGGAGACGCAUAUAAUAAAUUUGAGUUUAUACAAAUACAGCCAUCAGUUAUAUGAAAGAAUAAUAUACUUGGACAAAAAAUUUUUAGAAAGACAUUAA